AUGAAAACAUUUUUAGUUUGUGUUAUAUUAACUGUAACCAUUGGUGUAUCCACUGCAAUCGUUUGUAGACCCAAUGUUUGUGACACUGUUAGAUGUAUAAAUCCAGGAUCACAAGCAGAUUGCGAUAAAGACGGUAAAGUUUUUGUACCCAAAGGUGGAUUCUGUGGUUGCUGCAAUGCCUGUCUCGCUCCAUUACAAGAAGGUGAUCUUUGUGAGAAUCGAUUCCGAGGGAGUCCACCAACAGCCGUUUGUGCAAAGCCUUUAGUUUGUAAAUCAUUCGACUCAUCACCACCUAGAUGUACCGAUCCUUUCGCUUCACCUCCUUUUGUCCCCCAAAGUGACGAUUGUGAAGCUAACGCAAACUCUUACGCAAACGCUUACGCUAACUAA